AGCAGUCAGCUCCAACCUCUGCGUGCUCCCAAGCAUGGGUGAUUUUCCAGCGUGAAGCCAGGGAGCGCAGCUGCCCAGUGUCAGCAGGGAGCACAGCAACGGAUCGAAGGCCACCUAGAAAAGCUACUGCCUGGCUUCCAGCUUAACCUGCAGCCUGGCAAGAGGUGUUUUCUGUGUACCCUGAAAACCCAUCUGAAACCCAAACGGAGAGCUGAAGCACAGGGCUUGCUUUUAGCCAAAGGCCUGAGGUGGAAGAAAAAUGCGUCUGCCACGAGCCAGGAAAGGGACAGAAGCUGAGACGUGCUGCAGGGUGCCAUUAGCUGGCAAAACCAGUCUAACCCAAGAGCCUAGACCACAAGCCCUGGAUGAGGUAGAACUAACAGUUACUUCUCCUGAUGGAUUUUUCUUAUGACUGUAUGCAGCAAUGGAUGCCAUUUCCUCAUAAGUAUGUGCAUCUGAAUCCUGGAACAACGGGCAAAUGGUGGCAAAGUGGCUGAGGUGUCUUGCUGUGAUUCCAGCGCUGGUGUCUCCAGCAGACCCACCCUGCAGGCUGAUCCUGGGCAGGUCGGGCAGGUGAUGGGAGGAGUAUCUCGGUGACCUGCUUUUAGGUAUGUUUCUGGGUCUGUUGAGCGCUCUAGGUUGGGCAAGAACUCCAGCAAACUCCAAGUGACGCCACUUGAACUUGAAUGGAAGGGCAGCCCCGAGGCUGGAGGGCCUCUGGGGGCUGAGGAAAACCCUCCCACACCAUUCUUUCACCCCCACUGUCAUCUCUUGACAAAACCCUCUUUCUGUCUUUGCUUUGGAAGGGACCGGUGGAAUAGGACCUGCGGACAGCCCGCAGCAUCCUGCCGUACCAGCGGCGGGCAGAUGUGCGUUUCCGGGAGGAGGGGAACAGCUGGCGGAGGGGCGAAGGAGCUGCGGGGACACCGCCGCGUUGCGGGGGUUUUCACAGGCGGGUGGUUGACCCCGGCACCCCCUGAACCCCCCGACCCUGCCCGCUGGAGCCCCUCCGGCGGCGCAGGAGCCCGGGCUGACAGGAAGGGACCUCCUCUCCCCCCCGCCGGCACCCCUCGCCCCGCACAGCCUCACCCCCGGCUGCGGGAACGCCUCGGAUGCGCCGAGUCACCGCGGAUCUUCUUCCCCCGCUCCUAUCACUCCAUCCGGCAUUGUCACCUGCACGUUGUUUAUCUAUUUGGGACUCUCUCCAGGAAAUCCCCUCCGCGGGUGCGCCCUCUCCCGUUCCUCCUCCGCCCGGGAGGGAGCCGGUGGCCGCGGCCGGCGGAGGGAGCGUGAAGAAGGUAUAUUUAUGGUGCUUGUCCAUCCACCCUAUGAACAAACAGGAUGCUCACCAGAACCCCAAGUGUUGUUGCCCAAGCGUUUCUUCUUCUAAGCGUAAUUCUUGUUAUUGCUAUUGCAGUGAUUCAGAUAAAUCAGCAACAGAUCCUCUCCCCAGGGCUUAAGUAUGGAAUAGUCUUUGAUGCUGGGUCCUCUCGGACUACAGUCUACGUCUAUGAAUGGCCAGCAGAAAAAGAAAAUGACACAGGAGUAGUAAGCCAAACCUUCAAGUGCAAUGUGAAAGGCCCUGGUAUAUCCAGCUAUGAGAGUAACCCUGGAGCUCUUGCCAAACCCUUUGAUGACUGUCUGAAUAAAGUCAAGGAGAGAAUACCAGUUCAUCUGCAUAAAAACACUUCUGUUUAUCUGGGAGCUACAGCUGGCAUGAGACUACUGAGGUUGCAAAAUGAAACGGCAGCCAGUGAAGUCCUUGCAAGCAUUCACAACUACUUCAGAGCACAACCUUUUGAAUUUAGGGGUGCACAGAUCAUAACUGGGACAGAGGAAGGGGUGUAUGGAUGGAUAACAGCCAACUACUUAAUGGGUAAUUUCUUAGAGAGAAACCUUUGGAGGACAUGGGUCCAUCCUUACCGAAAAGAGACUGUGGGUGCACUGGAUCUUGGAGGAGCUUCCACUCAAAUUUCAUUUAUCCCAGAGGACUCUCAGGAGAACUUCAAUAGCACCUUGCAAGUGAAUUUGUAUGGUUACAACUACAAUGUCUACACUCACAGCUUCCAGUGCUAUGGCAGAGAUGAAGCUGAGAAAAGGCUUUUAGCGUUGCUGUUCCAGAAAUCCAACAGCAGUUCCAAUGUGUAUAAUCCGUGUUACCCUCAGAACUAUAAUACUGUGUUAACAAUGAAGUACUUCUCUGGCAGCCUUUGUACACAGUCUCUGAGACCAGCAAAUUACUACGCAAACCAGCUUGUGAACUUCCAUGGAACAGGAGACCCAGGUCUGUGCCAGGAGAUGGUUUCUUUAUUGUUUAACUUCACGGCGUGCGGAGGCAGCGAAGACUGUCCGUUUAAUGGAAUCCAUCAGCCAAAAGUUAAAGGGAAUUUUGUGGCUUUCUCAGGAUUCUACUAUACAAUUAAUGCUUUGAAUUUAUCUGGGCACUUCUCUCUAGCUGACUUCAAUUCAAGUAUGUGGUUUUUCUGUUCACAGAGCUGGGCACAGCUCCAGUUUAUGCUGCCUAAAUUUGAAGAAUUAUAUGCUAGAUCCUACUGCUUUUCAGCUAAUUUCAUUUAUUACUUGCUUGUACAUGGUUACAACUUUGAUGCAGAAACUUGGCCACAGAUACAUUUUCAAAAGGAGGUUGGUAACAGCAGUAUAGCGUGGUCACUCGGUUACAUGUUAAGCCUCACAAACAUGAUUCCAGCAGAAAGCAAAUUGAUCCAGUUACCUCUGAAACCUUCUCUGUUUGCUGGGCUCCUCGUCUUCCUCACAGCUACAGCAUUGUUGUGCCUUCUCUUUCUUGUUUACCUGUGUGUUGUAUCACGUCAUCAGAAGACCAUCAGUCGUGUUGAACAUGUAUUUAUUCCAGAAUGAGUGAACUUUACAGGAGACAAACCAGAAGUUUUAUACUGCUAUUAAGUAGGCCUUUAUUUUUUGAAAAUGGAGGAUGAAGUAAAGACAGGCAAAAAGACCAGAAGUAUAAACACAGCAGAGACACAAAGGAAUCUGUGAUGUGGUGAACUGGAGUGCUUUUGAAAUAUUUUGGCAAUUGUUUCUGUAGAGCUAUUUUGUCAAGUCUGCAGCAGAGAAAAGGUGGGCAGAUACAUCACUUUGCUUGGUAAGGGAUUAACAGCCUUUUCCUGCCAGGUAUGUAUCACUAACUCUGCACUAACUGGAGAACUCAAGUGGUGACAGAUUUGAUCAUAGCAGCUGUUGUUUAAGAUAAAAUUAAGCAGGUCAGUAGGAAUUGUGGGAGGUGGGAAGAUGGCAGUUGUUCUUGUGUGCAGUGCUGACACUAAAAGCCCCCAAAUAAUUUAAUUUCUGAAACUGGAACAAGCAGUAGGUAAUGAUGUGAAAGGAGCAGCUGGGAUAGAAUUGUUUUUAUUGCUGUUCGAAAUUGAUUGAUCCUCACCACAUAAAGGUGUAAUAAACUGCCAACACCUCUCAGCCUGUUUUAAAACUGAUCUUUUGGUACCAUGGAGAUCUCAAAGCCUCUGCUGUGGUAAAAAAUAUUUGCUUUGAAGGUGGAACAAAACGCCUUCACGUUUUAGUAACUGAACCUAAACUUCAGUGUCUCAUAGUUAGCUCCACAAGCCACUAGAGUUUUCAGUGUCCUUCCCUUUAAUUUUCACAGAAAUACCUUUCGUAGGUUCUUAUAGUGAAACACCGACUUGUAUUCCCCAUGUUUUGUUGAUCUCAGACAAUCACAGUCAGUACUGACUUGUCGUGUACAUAUUAUUUCCACUGUCUGGAUAGAGUCUCAGACCUGGGAUCUUCUGAAGCAUUAACGUGUUACACCCUUCCUUUGAGGCCAAGAGGAACAGAAGCCAGUCUGCAGGCCAGCAGAACUGCCUCCCUGUAGUGGGUUUGGGACCACAGUGUGUCCAUGCAGGUGUCUUGCAUGUGAGAGAUUGACUUGUUGAUGCAUACACUCAAAAAUCAGUUAACAUUGGAUUAUGAGUCCUAUGGGCACGUAAUGUGUUUCCUAUCCCAACGUAACCUAUUCCCUGUAUUGGUUAGGUUGUGAGGUAGCAGAACAGUGGCCAGUAUUUUUACCCAUGAGUAAUACUUUGUCUUUUGUUUCUGUGUAACCUUCUUGCUUUCAGGUUUGGCUGUGGGGUUGGGGUUUUCUUUUCCUUAGUUUUUCACAGGCUGAUAGAUGAUUUGAAAGGAACUAAAUAUGUUUUUCAAUGGAAAAAAGGAAAAAAAAAAACCAAACCAACAAAAAACACUAGUGAUUUUUCAAGAGGAGCAGCAGUGAGGGCUUUGUCCCUUCUGUGUUGUCCUACUACUCUGCCCUGUCAGUCUUACUGGAAUAGCAGCGCUUAAAACAAGGCAGAAGGUUUUACAAGAUGAUGAAGUGCUCUGUGGCACCCAAGUUAUAUCUGAUAUAACAUUUACUUCAGAAUGCAUGGACAUUACAGAGGUCAGCAUGAGAUGAAAGCUUUGUCUCUUGGGUGAUGGGCCUGGAACUGCAGUUAAGAGGUAAAAAAGAAAAAAAAAAAGGCAGUUGGAGGAGAGCAUUGAAAUAUUGAAAUGUUUUCUUCAGUUGCCAGACUUCCAUGAAAAAUGGUAUUCUGGGAUAUUUACUUGCCUACAGAACUUUUGCUUUGCUUUGUUUAUGAAUGGCAGCGCCAUUCUGAUGUGGUUUCGCACAAAUGGAACAUGCUUGGAAGUCAGUUUCCUUGGAGUUGGCAGCUAAAGAACAAGUAAAUCUGUUCGAGAAUCGUUUGGACUUCCAGGAGUACUCAGAUGGAGCCAGUAUCUGAUCAAAGAAUGCCUUCCCUCUGUGAAUUGCCUUCUGGUUUCCUUUUUCAGUAGUUCUCCCUUCUCCCUGUGUCUAUAACCUCCCUCCUGUAUCACCAGGAUAUCCACCUGCUCAGUCUUAACGUCUCCUCUCAGUUGCAGCUGGGAAAGCUGGAAAUGGUGAACUUCUGGCCAGGCAGCUGCUUCUUCCAAGCCAGGACUGUGGCUGCAGUUCAGUAAAAAACCACGGCCAGGCUGGGACAGGCAGCCAGCGUGGCUCCCCGUGGCUGUAGUGGUUGCUACGGGAGGGUGGGUGAUCACUUCAGUAACCGCAGCUAAAUCCUCCCCCAGGUGUGAGCCAGAACCUGGCCCACGGGUGUAACAGUGUCCUGUCACCUCGACAUGAACAGGCCUCUGGGAGAGCCAGUGAGGAGAACAGCAUUUGGGAAUGUGUACGAACUAUAGGUUAUUUAUCAUUUUAUACUUUUUAUUGCCUGCUUGUGAAAUAAAAUUGUGAAAAGGUAA